AUGAAACAACGUACAUGUAUCAAUAUUUUCAUUGUCCUUGUUAUAUUAGCAAUAGCAAUAUCACUUCUUAUUUACUUUCUACAUCAUUCGAAAAAACAUAAAGUUGCACCAAUUGAUACAUUUAAUACAACAACUACUGGUACCGUUACAAUUGCAAAUGGUGAUGAUAAUAAUAAUAAUCAAUUAACAACUGGUUUUACAACAAAAACAAACUCAACAAAUCAAUUCAAUAACUCAACAACAAGUACAUCAUACGCAGUAAAAGAUUCGACAUUUCGUAUGUCGACAAAUACAUUGGUAACUGUCUCAACAAAAACUGUUCAAAAUGCCGUACAAUCCAAUUUUCAAACAACAAAUAUGGAUACUACAGGACAAAAGAUAACAACGUCUGGUAAUGCUCAAACAUCAAUCUUCAUAACAAGCACAAUGAAAUCUAGUCUUUAUACAACAUUAGCGAGUAGUGCAAAGCAAAAUGCCGGAACAACUGAUAUAACUCAAUUAACAAUGACAAACGAACAAGAUGGAAUAACAAGAAAAACAACAAUUGCAUCCUCAACAUCACUUACAGAUUUGAAAACGCCAGAGGAUAAGAUGACAACUACAGAACAAUCUAAGCUAUUAUCGACAAUCUUGAUGAGAAGUACUCUUCAGACCUCACUGAGCGAUGUGAUAACUGAGACUUUCGAAUCCUUACAACCAAUAGUAACUACGAGUAAUUCUCAAUUUUUAUUGACAAAAAUGACUGUUUAUAGUUCGCAAUCGUCAUCAGUAACUACAACAAUAAAUGCCCCGACAUAUCUAUUCGAAACAGCAGCACCGUCUGCUUCAGAAUCAUUAUCGACAACUAUGAAGUUAGAUAUAUCUGAGUCUGCUUCAAAAAUGACGCCAAUAGAUAGUUCUCCGUUUCGUUCAGCAUCGUCAACAAAAGAUAGUUCUUUAUUAUCAUCGAUGUCUACAGCAACAAGUACUUCUGAGUUCAUAUCAGAAUCUUUGACAACAGUUAAGUCAGUAUUACCAAUAUCGACAAUGACGGCAAGUAGUUCUCAGUUAACAUCCGCAUCAACAAUAAUAGAUAGCUCAAUAAUGUCAUCGACACCUGUAGAAAGAAGUAUUUCACCGUUCACAUCAGAAACCCUGACAACAGAUAGUUCUUUGUUAUCAUUAACCACAAUGCCAGCAAGUAGUUCUCCGUUAACAUCAGAAUCAUCAACAAUAGAUAGUUCAGUGAUGUCAUCGACACCUAUGACAACGAUUAGUGCUGAGUUAACACCAGAAUCUUUAAAAAUAGACAGUUCUGUAUCAGCAUCAAUAUCUAUGAUAGUAGACAGUACUCAAUUGACAACAGAAUCUUCUACAGUUUUUAGUUUAGCAUUAUUAUCGAUAAUUACGGGAACGAGUAGUACUCAGUUAAGGUCAGAAUCAUCGACAACGGAUAGUUCAGUAGUGUCAUCGACACCUAUGACAACGACUGAUGCUGAGUUAAUACCAGAAUUUUUAACAACCGAUAGUUCCGUAUCAGCAUCAUUAUCUGUGACGAUAGAUAGUACUGAGUUAACAUCGGUAUAUUCGACAACAUAUAGCUCAUUAUUAUCGUCAAUAAUCAUGACUAGAAGUAGUACUCAGUUAGUGUCCGAAUUCUCAACAACAGAUAGUGCAGUAAUGUCAUCGACGCCUAUGACAACGAAGAGUGCUAAGUUCACAUCAGAUUCUUUGACAACAGAUGGUUCUGUGUCAAUAUCUGUGAUAACAGAUAGUACAUAUUUGACAUCAGAAUCUUCGACAACAUACAGUUCAUUAUUAUUAUCGAUAAUUACGGCAACGAGUACUUCUCAAUGGACAUCAGAAACAUCAACGGAUACGGGAAAAGAUAGUUCUCAAUUUACAUCAGAAACUUUGACAGUAGAUAAUUCAGUAUUACCAUCAACAACAAUUUUAGGAAGUAGUUCUCAGUUAACAUCAGAAUCUUUGACACCAGAUAGUUCAGCCUCACCAUCUGUAUCUAUCGAGACACAGAGUUCUCAAUUGACAAAAGAGUUUUCGACAAUAGUUAGUUCGACGUUAAACUCAGAAUCAUCAACAACAAAUAGUUUAGUAGGGUCAUCGUUAGCUAUGGCAACAAGCAGUUCUCAGGUAACAUCAGAAUCUUCAACAACAGUUAGUUCAUUAUUAUCAUCGAGACUUAAGGAAACGACUAGUUCUCAGCUCACAUCAGAAUCGUUGACAACUGAUAUUUCAGUAUUGUCAUCGAUACCUUUAGUAGCGAGUACUUCUCAGUUUUCAUCAGAAUCUUUGAUAACAGAUAGUUCAGUAUUGUCAUCAACAUCCACAGCAUCAAGUAAUCUGAAGUACUCGUCGAUAACUAUGGCUAUACAGAAUUCUGAGCCAUCAGGGACAAGUAUGAUAUCAAGUAAUAACGAUGUCUUGUCCAAAACUAUGACGACAGAGAACUCUAAAUUUUCAUCAACAACAAUGAGUACCGAUCAUUCUCAAUCGUUACCAUCCAGUAUGAUUACGGCUAGUUCUCAGACAUCAGCUCCAUCCAUAACAAUAGGCGUAACAAUAACAACAACAGUAAAGACAGAUAUGUCAACAACAAUGGGAAUAGCCAGUACACAAGUUACAAAUAUUCCAUCAUCUAUGAAAAUCACUAGCACAAUGAUGAGUAAUAAUGUUCAAACAUCGACUUCUAAUCAAUCGGUCUUUUCGAAUUUCAAUACAUCGCUAAAUACCGGGCGAUCUAACUUUGGAAGUGUAUUAUUAGCAAAUGGACAAGUUCUUGUAGCUGGAGGUCUUAUUAAUUCCAGUUCUUUAACUUCAGGGACUGAACUUUAUACAUCAACCGGAUGGCAAUUUGCAACUCCGAUGAAAGUAACGCGUGAUUAUCAUACUGUCACUGCUUUUGCAAAUAAUACUAAAGUAUUAGCUACUGGUGGUAAAAUUACAUCCGCUUACCAAACUGCCGAAGUAUAUAACAUUGUGAACAAUACAUGGACACUAACAUCAACUAAUAUGUCAAGUUCUCGUUACGCACAUACAGCUACACUACUUGCAAAUGGACAAAUACUCAUUGCAGGUGGAAAGAAUGCUUCAGGUGUAAGUAUAUCUGCAGCUGAGCUUUAUAUUCCAUCAUCAAACUCAUUUAUUAAUACAACUAACAUGAAUAUAACACGAUCUUAUUUCACCAGUACACUUCUUAGUGAUGGAUCAACUGUACUUGUUACAGGAGGUGUUAAUGCUAGUAAUUAUCUCAUUACAACAGCAGAACUCUAUAUUAAUGGCUCUUGGACACUCUUAUCUAAUAGUAUGACUAUAAAUCGAGCUUAUCAUGCUGCUGUAUUAUUAAAUGAUGGAACUGUGUUAGUUGCAGGUGGAGGUGGAGGUGACGGUGGAACACUUGCAUAUCCAAAUGCUGAUAUUUAUAAUCCAACAACAAGAAACUUUACAGCUGUUGGAUCAAUGCAAUAUCGUCGAGGAGCAUUCACACUUACACUUCUACCAUCAGGUAAAGUAUUAGCAGCUGGUGGAGCUGAUUGGACAACAAGUACGUAUCCACUAGUAUGUGAAUUAUAUGAUCCUGUCACAAGAACGUGGUCAAAUACUACUAUGUUAAAUCAUGGAAGAAGUUAUCAUCAAAGUGUUUUAACAAGUACUUUUGUAUUAAUUAUGGGUGGCUAUGAUGGAAAUAAUAAUAGACUUACCAGUUCUGAAAUAUACAAUUUAUGA